AUGGAUAAAUCAUGGAUUUCAUCUGAUAGAUUAUCAACGGCAUAUGACAAAGGCGUGAAAGCCUUUUUAGAGUUUGCGCAAAGUAAUGAUAAAAUUUUAGAAGUUAUUCCAUGUCCUUGUGUGAAUUGUAUCAAUUUGAUUCACCCCUCGAUUGAUAUGGUGCGUUAUCAUCUGUUUGCCCAUGGUUUCGAUGAGAAUUAUAAGAUUUGGUCUUUCCAUGGAGAAAUUUUUUCUAAUAUUAAAUCAUUCUCUACUUACCCUAAUGAAUCUAGGCUUCCUGAGUUUGAUUAUACAAAGGAUAUGGUACAUGAUGCCUUCACGUAUGAAGAGAAUGAUCCUGAUUCAUUGAAAUCACGUCUUGAAGAAUGUGAUAAGCCAUUAUACGUAGGGUCAAAGUAUAAUGCUCUUAAUGGUUUAUUAAAAUUCCAAAAUUUGAAGGGUCAAUUUGGCUGGUCAGAUACUAGUUUUGAAGCUUUGUUGGGUGUUCUAAAAGAUGUUUUGCCUUUAAACAAUACGAUUCCUAUCUCGAUAUAUGAGGCCAAGAAGUUGCUAAAAGGAAUUACUCUAGAUUAUGAGAAAAUUCAUGCAUGUGAAAAUGACUGUGUUCUAUUUUGGAAUGAACAUAAGGACAAAUCUACUUGUCCAACUUGUGGCACAUCUCGUUGGAAAAAGAAUACCAAAGAUGUGUCGAGAAAAGUUAUGUGGUAUUUUCCGCCUGUCCCUAGAUUUAGAAGAAUGUUUUCGUCACCCAAAGUGGCAGAAGACUUAAUUUGGGAUGCACAAGGUCAGGUUAAUGAUGGUAAGCUAGCUCAUCCUCGUGAUUCCCCCUCUUGGAAGCUUGUUGACAACAACUGGAAAGAAUUUGGAAAAGAAGAUCGGAAUCUCAGGUUAGCCUUGUCUGCCGAUGGUAUCAAUCCUCAUAAGUCAUUAAGUUCAAAAUAUAGUUGUUGGCCGGUUAUCCUAAUAACAUAUAACGUACCACCUUAUUUAUGUAUGUCAAGAAAGUUCAUGAUGUUGACUCUAUUGAUAUCAGGGCCGAAACAACCUGGUAACAAUAUUGAUGUCUACUUGGUACCAUUGAUAGCAGAUCUAAAACUCUUGUGGGAAACUGGCGUUAAGACAUUUGAUUCUUAUAAGAAAGAAUACUUCAAUCUAAAGGCAGUAUUACUCUGGACUAUAAAUGACUUUCCUGCAUAUGGUAACUUAUCAGGGUGUGUUACCAAAGGUUACAACGCUUGUCCAAUAUGUUCAGAGAAUACAUGUUCACAAUGGCUGCCAAUGUCCAAAAAAGUGUGCUUCCGUGGGCAUAGAAUACACCUCCCGCUUGAGCAUCCUCUUCGUAAAAGGAAAAAAGAUUUCAACAAUGAACAAGAGAGCAGUGUUGCUAAAAAACCAUUAUCAGGUGACAAAAGUUACGACUAUCUGGAGGGGUUUGAGAAUACAUGGGGGCAGAAGAAAAAGUCAAAGAAGGAAACAUCAAAGAAGAAAACGUCAAAGAAGAAAUCACCAAAGAAGAAAAUCUAUUGGAAGAAGUUGUUUAAAGGGAACAGAGUUUAUCUUCCACCUGCCAUAUACACGUUAAAUAGCUCAGAGAAACGUCUAUUUUAUGAUACUCUGUCUACCAUAAAAGUUCCGGAUGGUUAUUGCUCUAAUUUCAAGAAUCUUGUAUCUGGUGAUGUUUCAAAGAUGAAUGGUUUGAAGUCUAAUGAUUGUCACGUGCUGAUGCAACAACGUCUUCCUUUUGCAAUCAAGGGGGUGUUAAACGUGAAGGUGAGAAAGACAAUCAUAAGUUUGUGUCACUUUUUCAACGAGUUGUGUGCUAAAGUUGUUGAUGUCAGUAAGCUAAGCAAGUUGCAAAAUGACAUUGUAUUAACUUUGUGUUUGCUAGAGAAGUAUUUUCCUCCUUCAUUUUUCGAUAUCAUGAUUCACUUAAUGGUGCACUUAGUCAGAGAGGUGAGGUUAUGUGGCCCUGUUCAUUUUAGGUGGAUGUAUCCAUUUGAGAGAUACAUGAAGACACUCAAGGGGUAUGUACGAAAUCAUCAUGGACCCGAGGGUUGCAUUGCUGAAUGUUAUGUGGCAGAGGAAGCCUUAGAAUUCUGCUCAGACUACUUCGAGAACCUUAAAUCUAUUGGCAAUCCUCAUGAACGUGCUGAUGAAAGAAUUCGCACCGGAAAGCCUUUAUCACAGGCUACCAUCGGUGUUGUGGAUGCUAACUUACUUGAUAAAGCUCAUCUUUAUGUAUUACGAAAUAUUGCAGCUGUUACACCAUAUAGGCAGCAUAUGUUGGAAUUGAAGGAUCUUAACCCCCGUGGAAAUAGUACAUGUGGUUUUUCCAUUAAUGAGUAUCAGUUCCAUACAACAUCUCGAGAUGAGUCAAAAGUCACUCAAUGUAGUGGAAUUGCUAGUGCAAAAGACUCCAAUCCCGUGUAUGGCACUGUUAAUUACUUCAGUCAUAUAAAGAAGAUAUGGGAUCUUGAUUAUCACAUAUUUACAGUUCUUGUCUUCAUGUGUGAUUGGGCUGAUAGUCGUGGAGUAAAAAAAGAUGAUUUUGGGUUCACCAUUGUUAACUUUAAUAGGCUUGGUCACCAGUCUGAUCCCUUCAUAUUAGCUAGUCAAACCAAACAAGUUUUUUAUGUUCAAGAUCAACAAGAUAGGAAUCUGUCUGUCGUUGGCUUCACACCACAUAAGAUGUACAAGUAUGGCGAUUGUGGUGAAGCUGAUGAUAUGUUCGAAUAUGAUGCUACUACUGAUGCUACACUAGACCCCACUUUAGUAGACCUUGACGAUGAUUUUAAUUGUACACGCUCGGAUGACGAGGGCAUAUUUGUUUAA